UAGUGGAUUAUUGCAUCGAGACUUAUCAAUUGCCAUACAGUAAUAUCUGUUAAAAAAGCAGCUGUGAAUCCAUCAGAACUAGGAUGAGCCUUCAACCUCAACCCAGAUCGGAACUCAUGAAGAUGUUGGAUGAGAACCACUAUCUAAUACAUCACAUCACGGAUCUUCAAAAUAAGGGUCGGGUCGCCGAUUGUCAUGUAGUUCAAAAACAUCUUCUCAAAAAUCUUCUUUAUCUCGGUACCUUAGCAAACGAACAAAUAAAAAAGGAGGAAAUGCAGCUAUCACCUUCAACUCGCUCAAGGUGGCGUACUCAAUCGAAAAUAUCCCAUGUUGCAACGCUACCAAUCACGAGUCUCGACGCUGACAAGUGCCUUAAACCAAAUGAGGCGUUGCCUACCGCCGCGCAACAUAAGGCUUCUGUGGUUACCUCUACACCUCCUCAAGAAACUCCGGUGAUCGUCAAUAUGGCACGUCCCCGGAGACUUCAGUCGACGUUUGUCGAAGGGAACUCGAUGUCUGCUCCAUAUCGACCUUUAGUGCGUGUCCAGGUUCCAAUGAGCGCGACUGUCACUGCUGAAUCGAUCUCAGCGAUACCACAGGUAACAGGGACCGCUAUUCCUUUGCAGCGCCCUAUUGCAGUCACCAUGCCUCAAACGACGCAGCUUCAAACAAUUCAAUCGCACAGGUGUUCCCAUGAGGUCCCGCAGUCAGGCUCCAUUACUUCGCCUGGUGGGACCAUCCGAAUUCAGGCAAUUCCUGCAUCUAGCAACAACAUCAUCGUAGCCCCAGCAGGACAGGUCUUACAAAAUCCGAUGAGUGCCAGCGGCUCAACACGGCUUAGUAGUUCGAUCAUUAUUCCUGUAGCAUCUAGCGGCAUACCUCAAGAGCCAGCUCAUGCUGACGCCAGCGCCAGCGUAUCCGUUCAGUCUAGUUCGGCGGUACCUGUUCAGCAAUUUAUUGCCACAAUGACAUCUCAGGGUAUGGUUCUUGUGCCAAUGACACCCGCACCUUAACGCCCCAGGUCCAUCAAGUGAAUAACGCGAUUAUAAAAGUUGCGACUGCUACUCCUCGUCAGUACCUUUGAUUUGUUAUAGACUGUGAGUUACGAGAGGGUGCUAGACGUCUCCAUGAUUUAAUGGCUACUAUGCGGCACACAUAUGUGCUCACGUACCUCUCGCUAGCUCUUAAAUAUAUUGUAAAAAAGCAAAGCCAAAAACAACGUUGUGAGAAAUUAGGGCGGGAGCAUCAAUCGGACUUGCUUAUUAGACAUAUUGAGAAAAGAACCAUUAGGAUCAGAAAGAGGGUUUCAGAAAACGGACUAAAGUUUACGUAAGUUUAAGUAAGUAGAACACAAACCAUUUUACAACGAAAUUAUUUUGCAAUGCUGUAGUAACUGAAGCAAUUGCAUUAAAACUUGAAAAAAAAAACAAUUAUCUGUGCCAGGCGUUGAGGCCAAGAGUUGAAAACUUUCGCGAAGAAAAAUUGUAUACUUCGUUAAAAAUGUAUAAAAAUAUAGAAUUGUAUAUACUUCACCAUUUUCAGCUUUUUGUGUAGAGCUGUAUAAACAUUCUCGAGUUGUUGAUAAAUAAAU